UCUCUCUCUCUCUCUCUCUCCCUAUCACGGUCAUGCUGGGUGCUUCAGAAGAAGAAGAACAGAAACUCCGGGUGGCUGUGUAGCAGUAGUCUCAAUAUAAUUGAGAACAGAACCAUGGAUAAUCUCAGCAGUGAAAGUGAAAGGUUUCUUGCUUCCCAUCAAGUAGAGAAGACAGGAAAUGAUCUGAAAGCCAGAGUAUACGACGAAUCCAAGAAGAUAUGGGUGGUUGCCUUCCCCGGUAUACUCUCAAGAGUCUCUUCAUUCGGAAGCUUAGUGGUGACACAGUCCUUCAUUGGCCAUAUCAGUGAUGUUGAUGUUGCUGGUUAUGCACUUAUUCAAAUUCUCGCCGUCCGCUUUAUCAACGGAAUAUUGAUAGGAAUGUCAAGUGCAACAGAAACUCUAUGUGGGCAAGCAUAUGGAGCUGGGCAUUAUCAUAUGAUGGGCAUUUACUUGCAGAGAUCAUGGGUUGUUGAGUUAAUCACACUCACACUCUUGAAUCCCUUGUUCAUCUUUGCCACCCCAAUCUUCAAACUUCUUGGACAGGAAGACUCUAUUGCAAGCUCUGCUGGAUAUAUCUCUCUAUGGUUCAUCCCUGUCAAUUACAGCUUCAUAUUUAGCUGGACCAUCCAGAUGUAUCUACAAGCACAGCAAAAGAACAUGAUUAUUGCUUGGCUAUCCAUAGCUCAAUUCAUCAUCCACAUUCCACUGUCUUGGCUGCUAGUUUACAAGCUGGAGUUUGGGGUUCCAGGUGCAAUGAUAGCCCUUCUCAUAUCCUCCUGGUUUAUUGUGAUCGGCGAGUUUAUCUACGUAUUUGGAGGCUGGUGCCCAAACACAUGGAAAGGGUUUACAAUGGCUGCCUUUAAAGAUAUAUUCCCUGUUGUCAAGCUCUCCAUAUCAUCAGGACUUAUGCUUUGUUUGGAGAUAUGGUACAAUGCCAUAUUGGUCUUAUUAGCUGGAUAUAUGCAGAAUGCAGAGGUUGCCAUAUCAGCCUUCUCCAUCUGCCUUAAUGUAAAUGCAUGGGAACUCAUGAUUAGCCUGGGCUUCCUAGGUGCUGCUUGUGUUCGUGUUGCGAAUGAACUUGGAAGAGGAGAUGCUAAAGCUACAAAAUUUUCCAUUAAAGUCACCCUAGCAACUUCAGUUCUGAUUGGAUUAUUCUUCUGGGCUCUGUGCUUGGCGUUUGGGAACCAAAUUGGAUACCUGUUUACCAACGAAAAGGAGGUUGCAGAUGCUGUGUCCGACCUGUCUGUGUUGAACGCGUUCUCCAUAUUACUCAACAGCAUUUACCCAGUACUCUCGGGUGUGGCUGUUGGAGCGGGCUUACAAAGCGCAGUUGCAAUUAUAAACCUGGUUUGCUUUUAUGUUAUUGGAAUACCCAUUGGUGCUUUGCUUGGCUAUGUUGCUCAUCUUGAAGUGAAGGGUAUAUGGAUUGGAAUGAUUUGUGGGGUGCUCACUGAGACCCUUGCCUUGUGCUAUAUGACUUGGAGAACAGAGUGGGAUAGUGAGGUGACUAAGGCUCAAAAUCGUCUCCAGAGAUUCUACUUGACAUCUGAGCAUUCCCAUCAACUAUUAGCUUGACAUUCAAGACUGCUCAACUUCAUGUUCAUGUGCCUUUAAACUCAACUUUUACACUAUUUUGCAGCACAAAAAUAAGAGUCUCAUUGCUAUUAGUUCAAUAAUACCCGGUUUCGUAUGAUUA